CGUACGCUACCUUACGCUGCUGCUGACGUGUAGGUAGGGAAGUGGCAGUCGAGUGUAGCCUCUAGCUGCUAGCUCUUCCUCUUCAUCAUAAGCCUUUUUCAUUGACAGCUCAUAAUGAUAUCAUCUGAUUUAGUACUUAGCUAUCUGGUAAAAUAACAACGGAAGACAAACCGGAGCAUUUACACAGCUGUUAGCGCAGGUACCUGCAGGAGAAAGAGGACAACACUGGACUGUCUGCUGCUGUUCACUAACGGUGUGCUUGAAUGCAGUGAUUUUAUGAAGAAGCGUGAGUGACUUAUAGAAAAAUGGGGAAGCAGAGGGUGCCAGAUCUGUACAGAGCCCCCUUUCCCUUAUACUCCAUUAAAGUUGACCCUAAAACAGGACUGGUGAUCACAGCAGGAGGAGGAGGGGCUUCCAAGACAGGCAUAAAGAAUGCUGUGCACUUCCUGGACCUACAGCUGGUUGGAGAACACCAGUACAGUGCCAGCCUCCUUCACUCUCAUGAUACUGACACACGUGCCACCAUGAAUCUGGCUGUAGGUAAUGGUGUGAUUGCUGCAGGCCAGGACGGGACCUGCUGCCUGAUGAGGUUUAAACACUGCACACAGAAAGAAGGUGGCAAAGCUGCUGCUAAAGAUGGGAACAGCAUGCAGCAGGGUAAUGCCAGGCGACGAGCUGGGAAAGGAGACAAAGGUGGACAGGAUGGAGCCGCAGCAUCUGGAGAUAUGUCAGAUAUGAAAGAUGAGACAGCUCACAUCUCUGUGACUGGUUUGGCUGAAGUGCAGUCAGACCUGAACCCUCAGGACCCGCUCCAGAAGGUGGUCAGGUUCAGUCCUGACUUGAGCCUUCUGCUGACAGGAGGCACAGAUGGAUACAUCAGAGUCUGGGAGUUUCCGUCCCUGAAGAAGAAGUUUGACUUCAAAGUGCAUGAAGGGGAGAUUGAAGACUUGGAUAUGAGUCCAGGGAACAAGCAUCUUGUGACUGUUGGCCGGGACUUUGCCUGCAGUGUAUGGAGUGGCAACCAGCUGGCUAUGGGUCUUAAAUGGAAUGAAACCAUGCCUCAGAUAGCUGAGAAGACUUAUCGAUAUAUGGCUUGCAGGUUUGGAAAGGUAGAGGACCAAAAAGACGCCCUGAGGCUUUACACAGUCCAGAUUCCCCAUAAACGAGACAGAAAACCUCCUCCUUGUUACCUCACCAAGUGGGACGGCAAGAGCUUCCUACCCAUGCUGACAGCUCCCUGUGGAGCUGAGGUCAUCUCCAGCUUGGCUGUGAGUGACUCGGGAACAUUUCUGGGCCUUGGAACUGUGACAGGAUCAGUAGCCAUCUACAUUGCUUUCUCUCUACAGAAGUUGUAUUAUGUACAGGAGUCCCAUGGCAUUGUUGUGACAGACCUGGCCUUCCUGCCCGACUCGCUGAAAGGCAGAAAUAUCAAAGGGAACAAUGAAACGGCCAUGUUGAGUGUAGCUGUGGACAGUCGCUGUCAAGUACACACUGUCCCCAACCGAAGAUCCUUUCCUAUCUGGCUGGUGCUGUUCUUCUGUGGCCUCAUGGUGGUGGGAAUUGUCCUCCUCCUGCAGUACCUCUUCCCUGGAUUUAUUUAAAUCAUGCAAGUGUUGUCACAGGUCAGGGUUGAUGGAGCUUGGACACAUCUUCACGACUUACUCUGCCACUGUCAACAUCAGCAGUCCUCAGUCCAACCAAAUCAGCCAAACCUCCCAGUGCUGCAUCAGAAAUCCCAGCUGAGCAUGUGAAGGCUCUCUCUGCUGCAAUGCUGAAUCUAAACAGCUUUUAUGGCACCCUGACAUUUCCCCCCUCUGCUCCUACUCAGGGUUGUUCCUCUCAGACCUGUUCACCCAGUGGAAUCACACCAGGACAGACUGUGGGAUUUUUAUUUGCUUUGAUCUCUAUCAAUUAUUCUUAAUCUUUUGUGGAUUCAUGUUUGACAGUUGAAGGGCUCAGGUUCAUGAAUGUUUAAAGGGUGGGAUCUUUUUAUUGAUAUAUUUAAGGAACAAUGUAAAAAUAUAUAAAUGAUUGACACACAAUGUGUCUGAUUUUGUUUCUUGUUUACACACAGACACUUUGAAUUAGCCAUUCUCUCUGAAUAAUGACUUCUGUGAUUUUCAUUUGAUCCACUAGUGGUCAGCAGAGACCAGACAGUUUACAGUUCUGCCUGUGAAAAUGACAAUUGGUUAAAUCUCCACAUCUGUUUGUCUCAGUACAUUGGAUUUAUGUUUUGAUUUACUGUGCCAGUAUUCUGGGUUACCCACUGUAAACAUUUCUAUACAGUAAUUUUUUUUACUAAUGGAGAAUAAUUUGAUCUCAUUACAAAAACUAGAUGUGGGAAAAUAUGUGUGAAGUUGCUAUUAGCAUAGAGGUAAAAGGAAGUCUGUGUAAAAUUCAAGAAAAUGGUAUUUUUACUGGAGCGAAAGCUGCAUAUUCCCUUGUUUUAUGAAGACAUUAUCACCUUUAAUUUUAUAUAAACAUUCUGACUGCAAAUAUGAUACCCAGCAGAUGUAAAAAAAAAAAUGUGAAUGAAUUUUAAAAUGAUGCCCAUAUUAUUGUAACUAACUUGGUGAAAUGAUAGAAGAAAUAAAAUAUUGAUAAGAAAGAUA